UUUUGUGUGUUUCACGAUCGCGGUUGACGUUCGGACCGCCAUGUCGGUCUUUGUUAACAGCCGUCGAAAUAUCUGCAUUGCAGGCUCCCAUGACCAAGGCUGGCACAGCCUGAGACUGGGCAAACCGUGAAUUUCUGUCCUGAAAAGGAUGGACGCAAACUACAUCUCGGAGGAGGAAGAUGAGGAGGACGAGGACGACGAAAGGACAUCAGAUGACUCGUCGUCAUCAUCACUCGAGUCAGACGAUGAGAGUGACAGCCAGUCCGCGUUUCCAUUACCCUCCGAGCCGACGGUCGAGUUCCGGCAGGGGGACGCAAGGGUCCUGCUUCCUGAGGGUCUGUGCCAGGACCAGCACAUCUUCAAUGAGUUUUUCUCGCUGGACAUGUGGAACAACCACCUUACCUCCGAGCACCGCACCAAUCUCAUGAAAUAUCUGCCGACGUUUGCUGCCAAUGACAAGGCCGAGAAGGUGACAACCCUGCGAAACCUGUUCACGGGGGCCAACUUCAGCUUUGGCAAUCCUCUGCAUCGGUUUUUUGCGCAGCUCAAAGACGGCGCUUUUACUCCCAAGACUGACAAGCUGAGGGCCUUGCGUCGGCGCCUGCAGGCACAAGAGGGUAACCUCGAGCAGCAGCGCAGUUUGCACGCCAGCCUCAGAGCUCUGCUUAGGGCCAGGAAGCGGACACCUUUACUCGGGGGCUCGAUCUCCACCAGCGAUCUGCUCCUCCGCCUCCACAGACUUACCCCCAUUGCCAAACCUACCCUGGCUGAGCAGAGGACCAAGCGCAGGUACUUUGAUGAGCUCGGAAAGGUCCGCAGACAGCUCGGCGAGUUUGGACAAAGUGAGGAUGAAAUCUUCCCUGAAGGCCCUCCGGUUGGUCCUAGCAAGAAGCACAAAAAGCAGCUUCUAGCUGCACAGACGUGUCUGAAGCAGGAAAUGCCAGUUAUUGCGUCUUCCCUCAGUGAUCUCAGUUCUGGCUGCCUGCAAGUCGGCAACUCUCUCGACUUCAAUGAAAAGUAUUACAAGAAAGUGAUAUCCAACUAUAGGAAGCGCAAGAGAAAAGAAGCUAGCUGCAUAGAGGCAAACGGACUUAGUCGACGGAGAACGCAGCCUGUCAGCAAACCACCCUCAAGGCCGCCAGUCAAGAGGAGAAAAAUCAAAGUUGAGGCUGCGCCGUCACCCCUGUUCAACAGUUCCGCUGCCAGUGUGGUCAAUGGCUCCUCUUCUCUGCAGGCACCAAAGCCAAUGGUAAAAGUCAAGUCUGAGGUCAGUCAGGGCAACGGUCCUUCAAAGGUGUCACCGCCCACAAAGAACGCCAAAGUUACAAGUCGUAGGCGCAGUAGCGCUAAGGUGCAGGUGGCGCCCCCGCCACUUGUGGAAAUUAAGAAGGAGCCGCUUGAAUUGGAAGUGGCGCCUAAGAGCAACGGUCUGGCGCCGGUAACGCCCAUGACCCUUGCAACUCCAGUAGUGCCCGAAGUGGCUCCUCAGCCACCUCUGAUGGCAGCCCCACCUGGCCCUGUUGUCUCCGAUGACGCUCACGGCGCAAUUGACACCAGUCAGAUCCUUCCCAACAUUACCUUCACUCCGCAGGAGAUGGAGGCUCUUGAGAUGCUCAACUUGUCCGAGUUUGAAGAGAUUGUUGCCCAAAUCACCGCCGCCCCUCCGUCCACCACCCCUCCCGCCCCCAGCGCCUCUGUCAAACCCGAAUAUGAGUUGAACCAAGAGAUGCAUGUGUGCUUCUUCACUCUGCUGAGGGACAUAAUCUGCUCAACGCAAGACCAGCGCAUGGGGCUGCCUGCCUUGACUAGCAAGCUGCAGACCUGGCAGGAAAGCCCUAUAUCGCCCCUGAACGACUGGUUUGGUUUCUCCAAAAACUGGGUUGACCACCUUCACUCAGCCAUCAACUUCCUGUCUGGAGACUUUCCAGGUUCAGCUGAGACGCAGCCGGAAGAGUUUGUGCCGUAUUUAGAGUACAAACCGCACAUGCAGGCUUACCAAUGGAUAGGGGCAGGACGUGACUCUGACCAUAACCUGGCCGCUUUGUGCUCACACUGGUUUGAGCGGCGUCAUGACCUACCGUCGAGUGUGGCCCUGAAGGAGGGUGCCGACGAUCCCAACCAUCUACAGCCACCGCCCCCACGCUUCCCCACCACAUGGCAGGUCCAGCCCGCUCUUGGCCCUGCCAGAGAGCUCUUCCAUCUGCAGGAAAGAGAGCGUUACGGAAACCCGAAUAAGGCAUUCACAUACCGAAUGCACGGCUUUGAGUCAGUCGUGGGGCCUCUGAAGGGCGCUUACUCAACAGGGUCGUCGCUCUCUAAGCCCAGGGGUCACACUCUCCUUGUUCCUGAUAGGCCUAAUUGUGUUACGAUUUUGUCUUUAGUUCGAGACGCCGUUGCAAGACUGCCCAAUGGAGAGGGAGCAAGAAGUGAUAUUUGUAUGCUGUUGCGUGACUCGCAGUUUAUGUCACCUGGUUCAGAGGAGAAUUACCUUCAGUCAGUCGUGGGUGGCGCGCUAGAUAGACUUCACUAUGAGGCUGACACCUGUGUCAAGUAUGAUUCCAAGCGAAAGACCUGGGUAUACCUUCACAGGCAUCGCACCGAGGAGGAGUUCGGUGAGGCCAAUAUUCAUUAUUCAUCAAGGAACAGACAUCAUUUGAAUAAACAAAAAGUUUACCAGCAACACCAGGCAAUGCCUGCAAAGAGCAAGCGAGCCUCCCCGAAGAAGAAUAUGACACGUUCACCAAGGGUGUCAAAGGCCAAGGAGGUGUCUGGGGGGAUCACCAUUGCACACAACCCUGAUGAGCCUGAGCAAAUGGAGCGUAUCUUGGCAGAGGUUGUGGGCUCCUUGUCGGAAGCAGGCCCCACCCCUGCUGCCACCCAGCACAGACUGAAAGCUCCGCCGGCCCCAAGGCCCUCGACAGCCUCUGUGGCUACAGGAGGCGGUGGCACAUUCCAGAACGUGCAGAUUGCUACCAGCACAGGCCUGCAGACCAUUCAAAUUGCAGCGCCUGCCAAGGGCGGCACAUCCCUGCUUGCAAACUCACCCGCCAAUAAGCAGCAGACCAAACCUGCUGUCAAAAAGGCACCCAUCAGCAGUAAAUCUCCUCAAACACUGCUGACAAAAAGGACGGUAGUUUCGACGGCAGUGCCAAUUGUGACGAGCAGCACCAUUGUUACAACCAGAGCAGCGCCACAGGUUAAGACAACCUUGGCCACUCAGAUGAGCUCAGUCAAACCAAGCCUAACUGCCUCUACUUCUCCCCAAGUUAAGCUGGAAGCGGCGCGAGUGGUUAAAAGCACCGUCGGACCUCCGCAGCAGGUUAAGGUGAUGAACACGGCAGUCAAGGUGCAGCCACAGGGCCAGCAGCUGCCUCGGCCACAACUGCAGCAACAGUUUGUCUCAGCCAAAACUAUUCCUCAGGGUAUCAAGGUCAUUCCUAAUACUGCAAUCAGAGGAGGCACAACUUUGGUGGGGCAACGUCCGCAGGCUGUGUUCAUUAAGCAGUCAACAAGCCAGGCCGGUCAGCAGGGCUCACAGAUCCCCACCCUGAUCAUGAAUAAGAGCGGCGCCAUCCAGGUCAAGUCCGCAAGCGACGCCUCAGUUACAAAACCGAUGGUCACCAAGCUGGUAGCGGCCAAUGCUCAGGGUCAACUUAUCUCCCUCGACUCACUCACCGCUUCACAGCAGAAACAAAUUGUCACCUCCUCUGGUGGUGUCAAAUCUGCACAGAUAUUGCAUAUGGCCAGUGGCUCGGGAGGUGUCCCUCAGCUGGCCGUAGUGUCGCCAGGAGGAGUGGUGAGGCCUCGGAUGACCACACAGGUUGGCCAGCAGCUGAAAGGUGGCGGAAUCCGCCUUUUGGGUCCUGCAACCUCUCAGGGUGGCCCUCCUGGCUACAAUUUGGCGUCAAUUGGAGGCCAGCAGGUCCUACUUGCCAGUAAACCGCAGACCACCACUGGCCAGAACUUGAUACUGGCUAGUGGCAGCGGUUCGGGCCAGCAGACGGUUGUUUUGGCAUCACCGACGUCAUUGCGGCCGCAGGGUGGGGCACUUGUCCUGCAGCAGGGCGGCGGCCAGCAGUUCAUGCUGCCCGCCAACCUGCAUGGUGCCAAUAUUAACCUCAAGUCGCUGCAGAACGUCCACGGCAUCAGGGUCAUUCCUAUUGCCCAGGCUGCAGGGGCAAAUACCAAUUUACCUAAAGGCCGCCAACAAGUGUUCGCUAGAAUAAUUUCGCCCGGUGGAAGAGCAACAGUGGCGGCAACAGCGGCUAGUAACAAAAGUGCAGAGGGGACCAAGGGUGUGGACGGCGCUGGGGAAUGACUGAAGCAGUGUGAUGCUAUAGCCAUGUCUAUGAGUCAAAGCCGAUCAAUGUUCAAUUUUUCCAACGACGAUGACUCUUGACGAUGAUAAAUUAUUGUCAUUUAUAUUUUGUUUUUUUUUAACUGAAAGGACGCUAACAAGUGUGUACAUAAAAAUUAAACCUCCAGAAGUGUAUACUCUAUUAUAUUUUGCUUUUAUAUGGAAGAAUAAAACAACUCACUCUCACAAA